AUGGCUACCCCACAAGCACCAACCCACCCAGGUCUCAUUGAAGUUAUCCGCCGCCCAGGCUCCUUCGAGUCCUACAGCAUAUCAGCGACGGAACUCCCGCCAGGAGCACUAAUCGCCCGCCUCGAAAGCCCGCCCAUGACCAUGGAACCUACCAAGCGCUGGUCGAGCGUCCAAGUUUCCGAGACCCAGAACAUUGAGCUGAACUGUGACUUCCUCUACGUCAACCACAGCUGUGAGCCCAGCGUCGAAUUCCAUGUCCUAGCCGAUUGCGACACUCCCGUCAUCGAGAUCCGUGUUGCCCCGCGCAGAGACCAGAAAGGGAAUCUCAUCGGCAUCAAGAAAGGCGACGCGCUGACCUUCUUCUACCCGAGCACCGAGUGGGACAUGGACCAGCCUUUCAACUGCAAAUGCGCUACCCCAUCUUGCCUGGGUCGCAUCUCUGGUGCCAAAGACCUGAGUAGCGAGCAGUUGAAGGGAUAUUAUCUGAAUGAGCACAUCGAGAACUUGAGGAGUGUCCCAUCUUCGUCGAAGUCUGGCAGGAAGGACGCUGGCCACUAG